AAAAAGAAGAAGAAGAAGAAGAAGAAGAAGUAGUAGUAGUCGCUUGUUUGCGGAAGUGAUCAUAGCCAAAGGGCGAACGUUAUGCAGGCAAUAAUGGAGGUGCGGAGGAAAUUAUUGAACUCGGUUGAAAAGUGCGUGGACGAGGCUUUGGAGGGUCUCGUCAGGAGUAACGUGGGUCUGGCGCUACUGCAGGGCCACAGAGUUGUGCUGCGGUCCGAUCUGGAGAGCAUUAAGGGAAAGGUAGCGCUCCUGUCCGGAGGAGGAUCCGGCCACGAACCCGCGCAUGCAGGUUACAUUGGUGUGGGAAUGCUGUCCGGAGCUGUGGCGGGGGCAGUAUUUGCGUCUCCUCCUCCAGGCAGUGUGCUGGCCGCCAUUCUGACUCUCUGGAAGGGAGGUGCUUCGGGAGUCCUGCUCAUUGUGAAGAACUACACAGGUGACCGCCUAAACUUUGGCAUAGCUGUUGAACAGGCCCGGUUGCAGGGCGUGCAGGUGGACAUGGUCAUUGUGGCCGAUGACUGCGCCUUCGCUCAGCCCAGCAAGGCCGGCAGGAGAGGCUUGUGUGGAACUGUGUUAAUUCAUAAGAUAGCUGGAGCUCUGGCAGAGAAAGGCUGUCCAUUGGAUGAAAUCGUAGCACGGGUUAACAAAGCAACAAAAAAUAUUGGCACGCUGGGUGUUAGUCUGUCUCCAUGCAGUGUGCCUGGAUGCCUUCCAUCUUUCCAGCUUCCACCAGGAGAGAUGGAGCUGGGACUGGGGAUCCAUGGAGAACCAGGUAUUAAGAGAUCAAAAGUGGCCUCUGCUGAUGAAGUUGUGCAAACUAUAAUAAGUCACAUAACCGAUUCCUCGAGCAAAUCACAUCUGUCCUUGAAAUCAGGAGACAAGGUGGUGCUGUGUGUGAAUAAUCUUGGUGGACUCUCAUGUUUGGAAAUAGCUGUGGUUUCUAAAGUGGCUGUACACUGCCUAGAGGAGCGUGGUGUGCUGGUUGUCAGGGUGAUGGCGGGAUCAUUUAUGACAUCACUGGAGAUGGUGGGAAUGUCUCUUUCUUUAAUGAAGGUCGAUGAAGAGAUGCUCAGACUGUUUGAUGCUAAAACCACAGCCCCGGCCUGGCCUAACCUCAGCACAAGCUCUGUGAGUGGGAGGAACAUGUUCAUCAAACCUGAAGAAAAACUUGCUGCAGCUUCAGAUAAUUAUAAUGAAGGUUCGCUGUCUUCAGUCAUUCGUCUGGUGUUGGAGUCCGUGUGCAAGAUCCUCCUGCAGCACCAAGAGGAACUCAAUGCUUUGGACCGUGCAGCAGGAGAUGGAGAUUGUGGGAGCACACAUGCUCUCUUAGCUAAUGCCGUUCAGGAGUGGCUCCACACUAGCAGGAUCCCUGGGAACCUUGGCAAGCUUCUAGCAGAUCUUGCUCUGUUGGUUCAGCAAAGCAUGGGAGGAUCAUCAGGGGCGUUAUACUGCAUCUUUUUGUCUGCGGCUGCCCCUCAUCUAAUGCAAAGCAGUGAUGGUGCAGCUUGGGCAAAGGCGUUGCAUGCCGGGACAGAAGCCAUGAAGAGAUAUGGAGGAGCUGAACCAGGGGACCGGACCAUGCUUGAUGCACUGUGCCCUGCUGUGGAAGAGCUGAUGAAACUUUCCACGGCGCCUCCUGAUGGCCACAUAGCUAUACUACAAUCAGCAGUGGAGAAAGCCGAUCUGGGGGCGGAAUCUACCCGCAAUCUCACUGCAAGGGCUGGACGUGCCAGUUACAUUGCGUCUGAACAUCUGACCCAGCCUGACCCUGGUGCUGUAGCGGUAGCUGCCAUUCUGAAGGCUAUACUCAACGCUUUGAAGGCCUAGAGAUAGAGAAGCUCACCAACAGUUUCUUAAGGAACAGUAAUGCAAAAGGCUGUAAACAAAACACGAGUUUGCAAGAUGAUGUGUGGAAUUUUAAAAUACAUUCUCCGAUCGCUGUUAAAUGUGAUUUUUCGUAGGUUGACAUCCUUAAAAGAGUGUAAAAGCUGUUGCUCAACACUCAACUAUGUUUGGCCCACAUAGAAGCAAUGGCUCAAUCAGUUGUGUGAGUUUGGUCCAAGAAACUCUUCGUCAUUUUUGCACUGCAAUUUGGUGCCACUUUUUAGCUUUAGCUUUUAAUGCUGGAUAUACUGAAUAAUUAAUCAAUGCACUUUCAUUAAUGAAACAAUGAGUGACUAAUACCAACCUGUGUUAAAAUGAGUGCUUUUUAGCUGAAUUGUUUUUUUUUUUCUUACUAUUAUAAACAAUUAUGGUCAUUUAAUGCAUGUAAUUUGUUUAUUACAAGUUUUGUUGAUCGCUUUGGUACUAUUAUCUCAAGUAUGUGGUAAAACCUCACAACUGUUAGUACAAAAUUCAAAGCAGAUCAUCAAAAAGGCUGUUUUUUCAAACAUCCAAUCACAUGUUCAGUUGACUAAGUACAAGUCACAAAAUUACACAUUAACUUUUUCACCACACCUAAUCAGUGUGUCAUCAAAGAAAUACCUUUCAUAUGAAGUACUUGUCUUUCACAAUGCAAUGCUCACAAUUCUUUUGAUAUACUUCUCUUCUGAUUUGAGUAAAUACAUUUGACCAACACUUAAUCCAACUGCUCUUAAUGGUUAAUCACUGAACCGCUUGGUAAACCUGUACAUUUUAAAUAGGUUUGUUAGCUAUGCAGUAUAUGGAUUUUGAGAUCCAUAAUAAAAAAAAAUGUGUUUUUGUGCAAACAUCUAAAUUUCAUGUAACCACACAUGAUGAAUACUCAUUAUUGCUAAUUGAGUUCACAUAGUGGUAAUCACAAUUGGUCACUAUAUAUAAACGUGGGGGUGUAAAUACUGGAAAUUUCUUUCUGUAAAAGUUGGGUAAUCUAAGUAUUGCCUAUUAUGAAAACUCUAAUCUGUCUUUUACAGUACUGUAGCAUACUUAUUUUAGCACUAAGGCCGUACUAAACUGAAAGAAGAUCAUACUGUUGUAUUUCGGUGAUUAAACCAAAUGUUGUCAUUACAUAUUACAAUAAUCUUGUGUUUGAAACCAUGAUUAUGUGGACUGAAGAUAUGUGCAACUGAAUAAAAGUAUUACAUCAGGUUUUGAAAAAAAGAAUGACAGGCACAAGCGUGAUCAGUUUGGAUUUUUGUACUAAGAGUUUUGAAAAAGAACACCUUGUGAAAUUAGUACCAAAGAGAUCAAAAAAACUGUAUUAUAAAUAAGGUGUAAAUGUCGAUUUCACACUAAUAAAGAUGUUUUAACAUGCAAUUUUGAAUGCAAAUUUAAAGUUGUAAAAUGAAUAAAUGUGACUAAUAAAACAUGUUUUAAAAAAAAA